AUGCAGCCCAUCAUCUCACUCAUCGCUGCUGUGCAGCCUGAGGUGGUGCAGUGGCGCCGCCACAUCCACGAGCAUCCAUAUGUUGCAUAUGAGGAGCAGCCCACUGCCGACUACGUGGCGGACCUCCUCGGCUGCAUGCCCGCGCCGCUGGACAUUCGUCGGCUGACGCCGAACAGCGUCGUGGCGGACCUUCGGGGUGGCGCUGGCGAGGGCCCCAUGUACGCCCUGCGCGCCGACAUGGAUGCACUGCCGCUGCAGGAGGAGAGCGGCGAGCCCUUCAGCUCGAAGCGGCCAGGCGUGAUGCACGCGUGCGGCCACGAUGCGCACACAGCGAUGCUGCUUGGCGCAGUGAAGGUGCUGUGCCAGAUGCGUGACCGCAUCCGUGGCACCGUUCGCUUUAUUUUCCAGCACGCCGAGGAGGUGAUUCCGAGCGGGGCAAAGCAGCUGGUGGGGCUUGGGGUGCUGGAUGGCGUGUCCAUGAUCUUUGGGCUGCAUGUCGCUGCGGAGUACCCUGUUGGCAUCAUCUCGACGCGACAAGGUACGCUCUACGGUGCCUGCAACGACUUCGACAUUGUGAUUCGCGGUGCUGGCGGCCAUGCCUCGCAGCCGGAGCUGUGUGUCGAUCCCAUUCACAUUGCCUCCGAGGUAGUGGCAAACCUCCAGUCCGUUGUAUCCCGUCGCGUGAGUGCGCUGAAGGCUCCUGUGCUGAGCGUCACGCAUAUCGCGGGCGGCACCGGUGCGUAUAACGUGAUUCCAGACUCUGUGCACAUGCGCGGCACGCUACGCUGUCUCGACCGCAACACUCAGGCCUGCGUCCCUGGCCUGAUGGAGGAGAUGAUCGCCGGCAUCACAAAGGCGCAUGGCGCUCAGUACGAGCUGAGCUGGCUGGAGCCCAACAUCGUGACGUACAACGACCCGAAGGCGUACGAAGUGGUGAAGAGCGUUGCUGAGGAAAUGGUUAGUAAAGACGCAUUUGUUGUCAAAGCGGAACCAAUGUUCGGUGUAGAGGACUUCUCCGAAUACGUCGCUGUAAUCCCAGGGUGCUUCUCACUGGUGGGCAUCCGUGAUGAGGUAUUUGGUUCCGUCUACACGGAGCACAGCGCGAAGUUCAAGAUUGCGGAGCCAGCCUUGAAGAACGGAGUGAUGAUGCAUGUGGGCACCAUUAUGAAGUUGAUGGUGGAGUGA